CUUUUAAGAGCCAAAUGUGGAUUGGCAAGAGGAGAUCCAAGCCGGACUCUGGAGAGAACAGAACCGUCGACUAAUAUGAGUGACUCAACGGCCGGCACGGCCGACCGGGCCAAGGGGAAGCAAGAAGACGAGCCGCUGGCCGAGCGGGUGCUCGGACCGGAGGCGUACUUCUUCGAUUCCAAACGCAACCUAUUCCUCGCGGCGCUCGUCCCUCUGGUCGCCUUCCUCUUCCUACCUCGCAUUCUAUGGAUGGUGCGGAGCCACACACUGCCAGACAUCUUUGUGCGCCCAUCGACGCCCGACUCGAUUCUGCGCGCCGGCCUGCCACCGCAGACGCGCCUGGAAUGCCGUAACCUCAACGUCGCCCAACCAGACUUGUGGAAUCGCACAAAAGACCACCAUGAUCGCCCGAUGCAAGCGCUGGCGUACUGCGAAGACGCCAAGCUCCUUACUGAGCGCGGCGUGGCAAUCAUUGCGUGCGAUCCGGGGAGGCAUCGAUGGAACACUGUUAUGGGCCUGCUGCAAGACCCGGACCCCAGAGGCGCACUGUGGGUGUGGGACUACAUCGAAGGCACGCAAAACCCGAACCUCAUUAACAUCAAGGGCUUACCAGCUGGUAUUGAAUUUCAUCCCCUCGGAAUGCACGUUCACGAAAAGGCAGACGGCGAGUACACUUUGUACGUGGUCAAUCAUCGAAAGCUGUUCACGACUGUCGAAUCAUUUGACCUUAAGGCCGGAAAGCGCGACAUUGGCUGGACUGCACAAUUUACUCGCUCCUUUACUCAUCCUCUGGUGACACACUCGGCCAACGCGGUCGCAUUGCUAGACGAGAAGACGCUAUUGAUCUCAAAUGAUCACCUCUUCCCGUCGCGUCCGCCUCCACGGACGCAUCUGGUCUUUCUCUUUUCCCACGUCUUUGGGUCUUUCCUCGGCCCACACGUCGCAUCCGUUGUCUCUGUGCCCAUCGUGAGCACGGUGCUGAGCUACCUGGAGACCCUCCUGGGCAUCCCCACGAGCUUUGUCUCUGUCGUCGACCUGAGCGCGCCGCACACCUCUGGCAAGAUUGUGGCGCGAGGAAUCGGAUUCGCCAAUGGCAUCGCCGUAAGUCCUGGUGGAAAGACCAUCGCUGUCGCCGAGACUGGCAGCCCGUCUAUCCGGCUGUACUCGCCGGUCAGGGACAGCGCGACGGGGAAGCUGGAGGAGCUCAAGCUGGUGGACAAGGCACAUACGCCCAUGGUGAUUGACAAUCUCGACUUUACGCAGCCACUCUGGACGCGCGCUCGUUCGGCUGGCGGUGACCAGGACCUCUUCGAAGGCGCCAAACUGAUUGCCUCGGGCCAUCCUCACCCAUUGAAGCUGCUCUCGUUCGCCCGUGACCCUACGAACCUGGACAAGCAGUCGGGUACAUGGUCCAUCUCAAUGGAACCGGCUGCGCCGCCACCACCCGAGCGCAAGAUGGACCUGGCCAACUGGCGCGCUUUCCAGGAUGGCGUCAAGGUGCCCGCUGCAAAACGCACCAUGACGCAGAGCAGUCGAUGGCUCUUCAAGACGCUCUAUCAGGCGCAAAAAGGCUUCGUCAAGGCGAACGGCUUUGGCGUUGCUACUGGGGCAACAGCGCUUUGGGACCCUAGUACUAAAGGGAAAGGCACCCUUAUCGUCACUGGCUUGUAUGCGCGCGGCGUGCUCGUAUGCUCAGCCGUAGGUAUGGAAUGACUCACGAAUGUGAGUACUUCCUCCAGGAUCUGCGAUGCAAUGAGUCUGCGAACUAUCUAUAUUUGAAUACGUAGGCGUCGUAACAUGUCAUGAAGUUAUGA